CACACAGAUCUUUAUUCUUUGAUAUUUAAAAUAAUAAUAAUUAAGAUAUGGUGGAGCGCAAGAAGUUGGAUUCCAACGUGGAGGCCAUGUCCUGGGAGCCUGGCGACAGCAAGGACUGGGCCACGCCUAUCAAGCCGCUCUCGGAGAAGUGGAAACUGUUGCCGGCAUUCCUACAGGUUAAGGGCCUCGUGAAGCAGCACAUUGAUUCCUUCAAUCACUUUAUAAACGUGGACAUCAAGAAGAUCGUAAAGGCCAACGAGCUGGUGACCAGUGGUGCAGAUCCGCUCUUCUACCUCAAGUAUCUGGACGUGCGGGUGGGCAAGCCGGAUAUCGAUGAGGGCUUCAACAUCACCAAGGCGACCACGCCACACGAGUGCCGCCUGCGAGACACCACUUACUCCGCCCCCAUCACCGUGGAUAUUGAGUAUACGCGGGGUACCCAGCGGAUUAAGAGGAAUAACCUGCUUAUUGGAAGGAUGCCUCUCAUGCUUCGCUGCUCCAACUGCGCUCUCACUGGCAAAUCGGAGUUCGAGCUGUCCAAGCUGAACGAGUGUCCACUGGAUCCUGGUGGUUACUUCGUGGUACGCGGCCAGGAAAAGGUUAUUCUCAUCCAGGAGCAGUUGUCGUGGAACAAGAUGCUCACCGAAGACUUUAACGGCGUGGUUCAGUGCCAGGUCACCUCAUCGACGCACGAGAAGAAGUCGCGAACCCUGGUGCUCAGUAAACAUGGAAAGUACUACCUGAAGCACAACUCGAUGACGGAUGACAUACCCAUUGUGGUGAUCUUCAAGGCGUUAGGAGUUGUCUCCGACCAGGAGAUACAGGCGCAUAUUGGCAUUGAUACCAAGUCGCAGAAUAGGUUCGGUGCCUCUCUACUGGAGGCUUUCAAUCUGAUUUUUACCCAACAAAGGGCGCUGGAGUAUAUGGGCUCUAAGCUGGUGGUCAAGCGCUUUCAAAGCGCCACUACGAAAACCCCUUCGGAGGAGGCACGCGAGCUCCUGCUGACUACUAUUUUGGCUCACGUGCCCGUGGAAAACUUCAAUUUCCAAAUGAAAGCCAUUUACGUGUCCAUGAUGGUGCGUCGUGUCAUGGCCGCCGAGCUGGACAAGACCCUUUUCGACGAUCGGGAUUACUAUGGAAAUAAGCGUCUGGAGUUGGCCGGCUCCAUGAUUUCCCUCAUGUUCGAGGAUCUGUUUAAGCGGAUGAACUGGGAGCUAAAGACGAUUGCGGACAAGAAUAUUCCCAAGGUGAAGGCAGCACAGUUCGAUGUGGUGAAGCAUAUGAGGGCGGCGCAGAUCACGGCGGGAUUGGAGUCUGCCAUCAGCUCCGGCAACUGGACCAUCAAGCGUUUCAAGAUGGAACGGGCUGGCGUUACGCAGGUCUUGUCCCGCCUUAGUUACAUAUCCGCCCUGGGCAUGAUGACGCGCGUGAACUCACAGUUUGAGAAGACGCGGAAGGUGUCUGGACCGCGGUCCCUGCAGCCCAGCCAGUGGGGUAUGCUGUGUCCCUCAGAUACGCCCGAGGGCGAAGCGUGCGGCCUGGUCAAGAAUCUUGCCCUGAUGACCCACAUCACCACAGAGGUGGAGGCACCAGUGAUGAUUCUUGCCUUCAAUGCCGGCGUCGAGGAUAUCCGGGAAGUGAGUGGCAAUCCAAUUAACAAUCCCAACGUCUUUCUGGUCUUCAUCAAUGGCAAUGUCCUAGGACUGACGUUGAACCACAAGCACCUGGUGAGGAAUCUGCGCUACAUGAGACGGAAGGGUCGCAUGGGCAGUUAUGUGUCCGUGCACACGUCCUACACCCAACGAUGCGUCUAUAUUCACACGGACGGCGGACGCUUGUGCCGCCCCUACAUCAUUGUUGAGAAGUGCCAGCCGCGGGUAAAACAGCAUCACCUGGAAGAGCUGAACCGCGGUAUACGAAAGUUUGAUGAUUUUCUCCUGGACGGGCUCAUCGAGUAUCUGGAUGUGAACGAGGAGAACGACUCUUUUAUUGCCUGGAACGAGAGCCACAUUGAGGAACGCACUACGCACCUGGAGAUUGAGCCAUUCACCUUGCUGGGCGUAUGCGCCGGGCUGGUGCCUUAUCCGCAUCACAACCAGAGUCCCAGGAACACUUACCAGUGUGCUAUGGGUAAGCAGGCGAUGGGAAUGAUUGGCUACAACCAGAAGAACCGCAUCGACUCGCUAAUGUACAACCUGGUGUAUCCCCAGGCGCCUAUGGUAAAGACAAAGACCAUCGAGCUCACCAAUUUCGACAAGCUCCCCGCUGGCCAAAAUGCAACGGUGGCUGUGAUGAGCUACUCCGGCUACGAUAUUGAAGAUGCUUUGAUCCUGAACAAGGCCUCGAUUGAUCGCGGCUACGGACGCUGUCUGGUCUACAAGAACUCCAAGUGCACGGUGAAACGGUAUGCGAAUCAGACCUUCGACAGGAUCAUGGGUCUUAAGGAUGCGCUCACCAACAAGGUGAUCUUCAAGCACGACGUCUUAGACACCGAUGGCAUUGUGGCGCCCGGCGAGCAGGUUCAAAACAAACAGAUCAUGAUAAACAAGGAGAUGCCGGCUGUGACCUCGAUGAAUCCCCUGGAGGGUCAAUCUCCCCAAGUUCCCUACACAGCCGUUCCCAUUAGCUACAAGGGAUCGGAGCCCAGCUACGUGGAACGUGUCAUGGUCUCGGCCAACUCAGAGGAAGACUUUCUCAUCAAGAUCCUGCUGCGGCAGACUCGAAUUCCCGAAAUUGGUGACAAAUUCAGCUCGCGGCACGGACAAAAGGGCGUGACCGGGCUGAUUGUUGACCAGGAGGACAUGCCCUACAACGAUAUGGGUAUCUGCCCGGAUAUGAUCAUGAACCCGCACGGUUUCCCCUCCCGUAUGACGGUGGGCAAGACGCUUGAACUGCUUGGCGGCAAGGCAGGUGUUUUGGAAGGAAAAUUCCACUACGGAACCGCCUUUGGCGGCUCCAAGGUGCAGGAUAUCCAGGCGGAACUGGAGCGACAUGGCUACAACUACAUGGGCAAGGACUUCUUCUAUUCGGGGAUCACUGGAGCUCCACUGGAAGCCUACAUCUACUCGGGACCCGUGUACUAUCAGAAGCUGAAGCACAUGGUGCAAGACAAGAUGCACGCGCGUGCCAGAGGCCCCAAGGCGGUACUCACCCGACAGCCAACGCAGGGUAGGAGUCGAGAAGGAGGCCUGCGGUUGGGCGAAAUGGAACGGGAUUGCCUUAUCUCAUACGGAGCCAGUAUGCUGAUCAUGGAGCGACUGAUGAUCUCCUCGGAUGCCUUCGAGGUGGACGUUUGCCGGACCUGCGGCAGGCUAGCAUACUGCUCUUGGUGCCACUACUGUCAGUCCUCGGCCAAUGUCUCCAAGAUAUCCAUGCCGUAUGCCUGCAAGUUACUCUUCCAGGAGCUGACCAGCAUGAAUGUGGUGCCCAAGAUGAUCCUAGAGAACUAUUAAUGAAACUAAGGAAUAAAGUGUUUGGUUAUUGUGUAAUAUUUUA